AUGGCACGUGAAUCACUCGAACAUGUUGUAAAAGAACCGAUACAUCAAGUUGUUGAAUCAUUAGUAUUACCUAACUGUAACUCAAAGUUAGAAUCAUGUCGAGAAUCAAUGCUAUUGUCUAUAACAUCAAUACAGAAUCAUUUUGAACCUGUGUACUUGAAUGUUUACGAUCUAUUAGCUGAACAUCAGCGUUUAAGUUUUGUUAUGAAUGAUAGUUUUAGUGUUGUGCGUGUCGAAGACUGGGUGCAUAUCACACGGGAGUCGAAAUUUACGGAGUGGAAAAAACAUUAUGAUUUAUUGAAACGAAACUGUAAUCAUUUUACAAAUGAUUUUCUCCGUCGAUUAUUAGGUAUUAAUCUUCCACCAUGGGUGAAUCGAUUUGAACGAUGUGUAAUAACAACGCCGGGCUGUACAAAAUUUUUGUCAAAACUAUUCGGCAAAGACUGGACAAAACCUACUUUGUAG